AUGUCGGUGAAAGAGAUUCUGCAAAGCUUAGUUGAUGAUGGCAUGGUGGACACAGAUAGAAUUGGAACUUCCAAUUAUUUCUGGGCUUUUCCAAGUAAAGCUCUUCAUGCCAGAAAGCGUAAAUUGGAAGAAUUGCAGUCUCAGUUUGCUGAAAACAGUCAGAAAAAAGAGGCUUUACAAAAAAGCAUUGAGAAGUCAAAAAUUGGACGUGAAGAUACUGCGGAACGUGCAGCUCUAAUAGAGGAACUUGCUGCCCUUCAGCAGAAAAAAGAGCAGCUAAAGGCAGAAAUAGACAAAUACAGAGAAUGUGAUCCAGACGUUGUUGAAGAAAUGC